CGGUUAGUGAACUAUGGAAGAUAAAAGUGAUACCCAAAUCAAAAUGGAUUUGAAGGAUAGUCUGAAAGACAGCAUUAUAAAAGAAGCACUUAAUUCAGGUGUAGAUUUAAGGCAAUAUUCACAGCAAGUUGAACAACAACUGCAGGAGGUUGAACUAGUAUCAGUCCAAGACUAUGUAAAUCAAGGAACAUCGCUCGCACAGCUUCAUUCACAGUUCACUCACUGUGAUGCUGCUCUUGAAAGAAUGGAAAAUCUUCUGAGUACGUUUAGAUCUCAGCUAGGUGGUUUGAGCAGUGAUAUCUUACAACUCCAACAUCAGUCAGCCCAGCUGGGGUUGCGACUUUCUAACCGCCAAGCUGCUAGAUCAUUAGCUGGCCAAAUGAUUGAUGAUUUAGUUAUCCCUGAAGCACUCAUAAGGCACUUGUUGGAAACUCCAGUGACAGAACCAGUUUUCUCUGAACAACUAAUAAUACUUCAGGCAAAGCUGGCCUUGAGUGGAGACCAUCAUCAAAGGUGCAGUAGGGCUGCUCAGGACGUCGUACCUGUUCUUGGUGCGUUGCGGAUUAAGGUGGUUGAAAGAUUACGCCAUUUUUUGCUCUUGAAAUUGCAGCAGCUCAGAAGGCCUCUUGCUAAUUAUCAACUACCGCAAAAUUCACUCCUGAAGCAUAAGAGUUUUUAUCAUUUUCUUAUAACUCAAGAGCCAGAGAUAGCUUAUGAAGUGAGACAAGACUAUGUGCAGACCAUGUCCAAGCUAUAUUUUUCCUAUUUCAAGAGCUAUUCGACGCGUCUAUUGAAACUUGUGGAUACAAAUAGCGUUAAUAAGGAUGACGUUCUUGGUUCGGAGGAUGCAUCUUUAGGGGCGGCGGCGGCAGCAGCUGCUAGGUCGUUAUUUGGAAGAGCCGCUCCUAGUGCGCGAAAUUCCAGCAGUAAAUCGACGGUCUUCACGUUGGGAACUCGAAUUGAAGUCGUUACCAAUUUAGAGGCCCCUGUACUGGUUCCCCAUGCAGCAGCGACAGGCACGAGCGCUGGCCAUAAGGGCGAAACAAAAUAUUCGUACGAAAUUGUUUUCCGAUCUCAGCAUUACGCACUCGCGGAUAAUGCUUGCCGAGAAUACCUAUUCUUGUGCGAAUUUUUCCACGUUGAGAGGGCCCCCGCCAUGGAGCUCUUUCAAGAAGUUAUGGGAAAGACUUGUACCAUCUACAUGAAAUUUGUCGAAGAGUAUGUCUCCACUUGUUACGAUUCCCUGGCACUCUUUCUUUGCAUCCAAAUGGUCCAGCGAUUGCAAUAUCUUUGCCACAAGAGAGCUGUUCCAGCACUGGAUUUUUAUUAUGAAUCACUGAUUUCCAUAUUAUGGCCUAGAUUCGAAUAUUUGGUACAGGCAAACAUUCAAAGUGUUCGUGACUGCGAUCCAUCUAGAUUAUAUUCUCACAUCGACACACGACCACAUUAUGUAGUACGACGCUAUGCCGAGUACACAUCCGCUAUUUCAGCGAUUCACGAACAUAACAGUAUAACUUCGGCCAUGGACUGGACUCCACGCUUACAUCACCUACUUUCAACUAUGCAAGAAGAAGUCGAAGGCUUUACACUGCGUCUGGCUGCAGCGUUUACCAAAAGGAAGGAUCAACUAGUAGCACUGAUUAAUAAUUAUGACUUAAUGCUUAGUGUGAUGACGGAGCGCAACAGAGAAGAAAGUCGCGAGGCCUCACGCUGCAAAGAAUUGCUCUCCGCUCGGAUAUCCGAAUUUGUUGAGGAAAUAUUGUUUGUCCACUUUGAAGGACUCGUCCGCUUUGUAAAGGACUGCGAACUCAUACUAACUCGGGGACUUAACGAAGCGUUGCGGAAUGAAGAACGUCGAGCAACGCAAACCAUAAACUCUUUCAUGGCAGGGUGGAAGAAAUCUUUAGAUGAGAUCAACAGAGAAAUUCUAAACCUUUUUCCAAAUUUUAAAAAUGGUACCAACAUUCUACAAGCGACGCUAACUCAACUCGUCGAAUACUACCACCGUUUCCAAAAAAUCCUUACGCAGCAUCCAUUCCGCAAUGUUCCUGCUCGUGCUGAUUUGAUUAACAUCCAUCAGUUAAUGGUGGAAGUCAGAAGAUAUAAGCCGGCCUUCUAAAUUGUUUAGUUUGCCAUUUUUGAUGUUCAUGUUGUAUCCAAUAAAUGUCUUAGUUAAUUU